AUGCCUUCAUGGUGGGGAAAGUUAUCAUCCAAAGAAGUGAAGAAGAAAACAAAUAAGGAAAGUCUCAUUGAUACAUUACACCGAAAAUUUAAGAUUUCUUCAGAAGGUAAACCAAACUGUGGGUCAGGAGUAUCACGUAGACAUGGCAAUGACACAAUUUUAGAAAAAAGAUCCCAAUCCUGCGCAGAAUCUAGGUCUCCCUUACCCUCUAAACAGGUUUCUAGGUGUCAAAGUUUUGUUGAAAGGCCUCAUGCUCAGCCACUGCCACUUCCUGAUCAGCAUCCUGCGAUAGUGGGUCGUACAGGCUCUGGAAUCAACGGAGAUUACGCUACUGCUUCAGUUUGCAGUGAGAGCUCCACUGAAAGUGACGAUCCCACCAACUCACAUCAUCGUAGUCUGCAAGCAACUGAUUAUGACAAUGGGACUAGAAUUGCUGCAAGCAGCCCUUCUAGCGUGAUGCUCGAGGAUCAAUCCUCUACGGUCAGCCAAAAUAACACAAGAGAGGGUAGAAAACAAGCUAACAUUUCAUUUGGUAAUAAUAUCUCUCCGAAAACUCCUAAAAGAAGACCUUUGAGCAAUCAUGUGGCAAAUAUACAGAUCCCACAUCAUGGUGCUUUCAGCAGCGCUCCUGACAGCUCCAUGUCAAGUCCUUCUAGAAGCCCAAUGAGAGCUUUUGCCACAGAGCAAGUAAUGAACUCUCCUUUCUGGGCAGGAAAGACUUAUACUGAUGUCACUUUGCUUGGAUCUGGCCCUUGCUCCAGUCCUGGAUCAGGUCAGAACUCUGGGCAUAAUUCAAUGGGUGGGGAUAUGUCAGGACAACUAUUUUGGCAACCAAGUAGGGGCAGCCCUGAGUAUUCUCCAAUACCUAGUCCUAGGAUGACCAGUACUGGUCCCAGUUCUAGAAUUCAUAGUGGGGCUGUCACUCCUAUUCAUCCUAGAUCUGCAUGCACAGCUACUGAGUCACAUACUGGUUGGUACGAUUUCCAUUUCUUCUCCUCUCUCGCAUUCAAAUUCAGCAGCGACACCUCCCUCUGUGCCCCGAAGUCCAGGAGGACCAGAGAAUCUUGUAAACCAGGGGUCACGGUGGAAAAAAGGAAAGCUACUGGGUAG